GGACAACAGUAAACUCGUUGUGUGUUGUAUCGUGAUCUCCCCGGCGCGCAGAGCGGUGUUCUGCACCCGGUCAGCGUUCCGUAAGUACGAUCGCCGGACCGACCCGGGGGUUACGAGAAGGGGCGAGCCGGGGCGGGAAGUCAGGCGCCUGAGGGCGCAAGAGACCCACCGACCGUCUCGCCCCACCGCUGCUUCCGCUCGAGGCCCUCGCCUCUGGCACCUGGGCGCGAACGGAUGGCGCCGGGGGCACGGCCAAUUCCGUCGCCUCGCUUCCUCUCAUCCCCACGGGCUUCCAGAAGACCGUCACUGAACCCUUUCGAGCGCCGCCGCUCUACUCGACGUCCUCGAAGGCCGACCGAUCGCCUGAGUGAAUCGGGGCGGAGAGAGGUGCCGCGCGCUCACCGCGCUUUCCGUAGCUCUCCGAGUUCGUCCGGCUUCAGCGACGCCCGGGGAGGACGGACUUGAACGCUUAACGAUCAGAGUGGGUAGAGCCGGAGACAGUCAGGACUUUGGCCAUGGACCUCACCCAGCUGUGGGCCUUCCUCCUCCCGCUCACCCUGUCCCGGGCGGAAGCCUCGGAUACGGAGAAGCCGAGCCUGGACGCCAGCCUAGAGAUCUAUAAGAAGCUGUUUGAGGUGAAGCGCAAAGACCAGCUGAAUGCCCUGAAGAAUCUGAUCGAGCUCAAUGACGUGAACCAGCAGUACAAGAUCAUCGACAUCAUGCUCAAGGGGUUGUUCAAGGUGCUGGAGGACUCCCGGGCCAUCCUCCUAGCCGCCGACGUCCCCCCGGACGGGCCGCUGCCUCAGGAUGAGAAGCUGAAGGACGUUCUUCCCCAGUGCCGACACCUUCCAGAAGGCCCUGCGGGAGGAGGAGAAGCGCAGGAGGAAAGAGGAGAAGCGAAAGGAGAUCCGCAAGGGCCCCCGGAUCUCCCGCUCGCAGUCAGAGUUGUAGCCCGGCGGGUGCGUGGCCGGGACCGAAGCCGCCACGGCCCCCCGCCGCGGGGAGCCCGGGCCGCCGAGGGGUUCGAGUUGCCUUCGCCCGGCGGGUGCCCAGGGGAGCGCCCCGACCCGCAGCCCGGACCGCCGGUCUCCCGCCGCGGGGCAGCGGGGAGGAGCCUCCCGGGCGGGGAAGCCGGCCCGGGAGCGGUUUCCCGUCCCUCGGCUUGGAGGAGGAGAAGUGCGAAGAGGAGCCGCGGGCGCGGAGGGCCGUGAUCUGGAGAGGGGGAGGUCCCGGGGGGCGACCCCAGCCCACCUCCGGGCGGGGGGGUCCCCGCCGACCCUGAGACCUCCUGGGCCCCGGGUACCGGACGCGUCCCGGGGACUGGUGGCGGGGGCCGGGCCCGGGCCCGUCCACUCCGGAGAGGGUGAGUGACUUCUAUCAGCAGCAGCAGCAGCAGCAGGGCUCGGGGGCCCGACCGCAUCUGUGUCUUGAGUACUGUAGCACUGUGGAACCACCGGGUGCCUCACCCCGUCCCCCUCCCGCCCCCUCACUCCGACUUCUUUUCUCCCUCAAUAAAACGCCGCCUUCUUUUUCACUUGACUCAA